AUGGCGAUGGACAUGCACGCUUCCUCGAUGGAGGACGACCUACGGAAGCAUCGGCAGCCACCGCAGGUGGACGAGCGCUAUCCUCGGCUGCAGGACGGCCGCUUCGACGCGCACCUCGACCGGCGCAUGACGAUGAACGAGCUCAACAUGUCGUUCUCGCUCUUGAACCCGGAGAAGUCCAACUUCCUCGCCAACCUCGAAGCGCGGCAAGACGAGCAUCCGCUGCUACCGAUCGUCUUUGAGCAGCUCUGCGCUGUCCACGAGUCGUACCAGACGCAGACGCGCAUCAUGAAGCGAUGGAAGGACGCUGAACUCGAGCUGAGCUUGACGCAAGAAACAAACCACGAGGGCGACGUUCAGGAGCUCAUUGACGUCAUUGAAGACCUGCGGCAAAAGAUGACGUUCUCCGAGACCAAAGAUGCGAGUUCGCGACGGCAGUCUCGCGUGAGCGUUGACUCGUUUACGAACGACAGCGGCCUCGUGGCGUUCCUGUCGCAGCAACUUGAAACCGCGCAGAACCAACUCCUCGAUCUUGCACGCGAUUUCAAUGUCAAGACGGCCCGACACGACGUCAUGCGCGAGCAGCUCGAGAACCAAGCCAUGGCGCUCCAAGACGUCAACCAAGAGUUGGCGAACGAGCUUGUCAAGCUCCGGGCCGAGAUCGCGCGUCUGCGCGCCGACGGCGAGAUCCUCGAUGCGCAACACAUUCGCACUCUGGACGACCUCAAACACGAGCUCGGCGCGCUUACGGACGAGAAUGCAUCGCUCGUCGCGCGUAAUUACGCCCUGGAGAGCCACGUCGCCGGUCUGAAAGCACCACUCGCCUCUCGAUCGUCGGCACACGAGCCUUUAAAGAGCCUCGAAAAGCAGCUCGAUGAAGCUCGCAUCACCAACCUCGGUCUCGCAGAGCGCAACCUUGCGCUCAGUGAUCAAGCAGAUCGGCUGCAAGUGGAGCUUCGGGACGCGCUGGCGCGAAGCCAACGUCUUGUGGACGUGGAGAAGCAAAACCAGACGCUCCAGCAACUGCUGUGCGAAGCCCGCGACGAGACAGAAGAGCUCCAGUCGUCCAGUGACGCCAUGCGCAAGGAAAACACGUUCCUUCUUGACCAGAACACCGAGCUUAUGCACGACGUGCGCGUGCUCUCGUCAACCGUCGACGAUCUCAAGCUCGCACAGAUGCAGGAGACGGCCGCGCCCGACGCGACACUGACAGAGAAGCACCAGAACGACGCCCAUGCCGAUCAAGUCGCGAUGCUCGAGACUGCUCUUGCCGAGAACGACGCCAAGAUCUCCGCCCUUCGCGAUCUCAACCAGGACGCGCUGGCCGAGCUCGAGGCAAAGCUGGCGCAUAUCCAGACGCUGGAGACGCAGCUUGCUGAGCGCCUGCCGUCGUCCGACGACCAUGUGCACUUGGUCCAGGAAAACGCGCGACUUCGAACAGUGAUCGAAGAGCUCGAAGCGGAUCUUGGUCAGCGCACGGCCGAGCUCGCACACAUGGAGCGCAACCUCGCAUCCAUCCGUGCGGCGCCAUCCCAAGCUGAGCUUGCCGCUGUGCAUGCGCUGGAAUUGAUUAAGCACCGCGAGACGCGGCUGCAAGACGAGGUCCACGCGUUGACGGCCAAGGUCGACGCAAUCGCGGUCGAGCGCGACGACUUGGUGCGCAGCAUUGGCGACAACGAACGCUGGUCCGUCCAAAUGAGCGACGAAAUGAAGCGCAUGAACGAGCAGUUUGAGCAAGUCAUAACGCACCGGACGCAGGAUCUCCAGCGCCAGAACGAGAGCUUGACGGAGGCGUUGACGCGGGAGAAGGCGAACGUAGCUCAGUUGCGCAACCAAGCGACCAAGGUUCCGCCCGAGAGCCCCGAACUCGUCGAGCUUCGCGCCGUGCAACACACACUGCGAAGCAUGAUUCUCGACAUAGCAGAACACGUGGCAGUCGACUGUCCGCGGCGCGCGUCCCAAGACCCGAUCGAGCUCGUCGCCGUCCUCUCUGAUCUUCGGCAUCACGUAUGGAGCCUCGAGCAGCACAAGGCUACGUCGACCGCAGAAGCAAAAGGCUUGCGUGACGCGACGACGCAGGCCAAGGACGACCUCGCAGCCAUCCGACAGGAGCUCAACAAAGCACACGCGGCUGAAGUGCAUCUCAAGCGGCAACUCACAACUGCCGAACAAGCGCUUCGUGCCCAGAUGACCGAGCUGCGACAGAGCGCCAACAAGGUGGAGAUUCUGGAGGCAGAGCUCGCAGCGCGCGACGACGCUGGCGAGGCGAGUCGGCGAGAUAACAAGAAGCUCACGUCGCAAGUGCGGGACCUCCAAGAGGAACACGGGCGCUGCGCCUCGCGGGUCAUUGAUCUGCUGAACCUCCUCGGCGUCGCGGCCACCAACCCCCAGCAGCUGCACAUUUCAAAGGCGCUCGACCAUGCGACGCGGCGUGUGGCAGCGAUCCUCCGCUCGGCCAACGAGAAGCUCCAGUGCUCAGCGACAGCCCACGAAAACGAACGCGACUCGCUCAGCGCCGAGCUGCGCGUCGCCACCGAGCGCGGGCUCCAGAUCGAGAAGGAUGUCACUGGUUUUCUGACGGUGCUCUUUCGCUCUCUUGGCCGCGAGUACGACGCCACGCGUGCCAUGCCCGAGGCCUUUACGGUCGCCACCCAGCUCGUUCUUGACCUGCAGAGCCAAGUGCAGACGGCAGCGACCUCCGAGCAAGGGUCGUCACCCGCGUCGGACCGGCGCCUGGCAACCCUUGUCGCGAGCCGCGAGCGCAAGAUCGAGCGCAUGAACCAACACAUGACGCAGAUGUUUCACGAGUGCUUGGCGCUCCAGCGUAUGAACGAAUUGUACGCGCAUGAAGUCGCGCACCUCCGGGCGCGCGAGAAGCACCUCGAGCACGACCUCGUGUCGGUGCUCGGCGACCCGACCCGUCGAGUACCUGCCGCACCCGAGACGCGAUAA